AUCAUAAGGUCUGUCAUAGUUUUCCGUUUUAAUAUAUUUUUCACGGGCACGGAUUGAGCAAAAAAUCAAAAACUCCAAUUAAAUAUCAUAAAUUAAAAAAUGGUAAUUGCGUUUCUUUUUGCAUUUAUUUUUUAUGUAUACAAUUUUUUGUAAGUCCGAUUUAUUUUCAGGCUAGUAUUGUCAUUGUUGGGGUUGGUUUAGCUGUAGCAGGUUUUGCUGGUCGACAGGCAUUACGAGUCGCUCCUCAAGUUGCCCAAAAAAUGUCUGAAGUUCUCAAAACAAUGUCUUCAGAAUCGGCUGGGUUCAUGGUAAGUUACCUAAAAUCAAAAUAAUAUUACCCGUGUUAUCAGAACAAACUACCACCAUUGUUUUUGUUACUGGUUCUAGUCUGGCAGUAAAUUUCACAAAGGUGGAUUUGAACCUACCAUGUCCAGACGAGAAGCCACACUUAUACUUGAUGUUUCAAACAAUGCUCCAAAAAAUAAAAUCAAGGUAAACUUAUGUAAUACGAUACACUACAAUUGUAAUAAUUUUAAGUAAUAGAGAUGAGGACAUUUUGUCCAGUCAACAAAAUUAGCUAGCAGACCUGAUGUUCCCAACCGUAGGACAUUUAGGUAUCCCAGGAAAUUAUUAACCUUACGAUAUCUUCUAGUAUUUGCAAUAGAAAAUAAAUAAAGGUAAUAGUUGUAGUUAUAAAAAAAUUUACAAAAUGUUUGUCUAAUUCAGAGGUUCUUGACCUUUUUAUAUCUUUGUACCAUUUACAUAUUUUGAAUAUUUUUACUCACGACGUAACACUAUUAUUAAGCUUUGUUUUUUUACUUAUCAAAAAAUAUAAUUUGUACAUUGUCAAGCUUUUUAUUAUUAAAUCUACAGUCUUAUAAACAUUAAACACACACUAGUUAAAUUAAAUAUAUACAGUUAAUAUUUGUAUUAUUAUUUAUGAACUAAUGAACCACAUAAUAACUAAUAACUUUUUUAUUGACUUAUUAAAAAUUUGUACGCGUACCACCUAUGAGCAUUCCACAUACAAUUUGUGGUAUGCGUACCACAGAUUGAGAACUGCUGGUAUAAUUAAUUAAAAUAAAUAAUUAUGUUGUUGAUAUUAAUGGAGGCAGCAAGAGUAAUGAAAUAAAAUCAUGAUAUAAUUGGAAAAUUGAAUUUUUUGAAAUUGAAAAGCUUUGCUAAUAUUAGACUUGUAUAGAAUACAUAUACAAACUUUAUAUUUUAUUAUUUAAAUUUGACUGCUGGUUUAAAAUAAUUUGAGGCCUCAAUUUUUUGUACCUUUAAUUUAAAAUAAACGUUUCAUAUAAUAUGAUUUAGGUAUUCAGUAUAAGACAUAUUUGUUUAUUAAAAUUUCAAAAUAUUUAAUUUUUUCACUUAAAAUUAAUAUAUUAAAAAAUUACAGAAUUAUUUAAUAUUUAUGUAACCUGAAAAUGGCUUAGGCUGCUAUUAUUAAUAACCUUAAUUAUUUUAUUGUACUUUGGCUUUGAAUAUUUAAUAAUUCUAUAAUUUUAUAAAAUAUAAAUCAAGCAUACAAUUUACCAUUAUUAUUAAAAUAAAUAUAUUAGUACUUUUUGUCUGGAAUUUUAAGUUAACUUCAAGCUGCUUUUUUUGUAUUUUAAUUUAUUUUUUAAUAGGAUGUUAUACCCGCAUGUACUGUCUCCGUCAUAUGACUGCCCAACAUAGCAAAUUUUCAUUCAGCAGGGACAACUAUGUGCUGUUCUUUUUAAAAUUAGAGCGAAUUGACCUAUUAUCAAAUUCAAGUAUAUGAACAUAAUCUGUCAUCUCGUUAUCUUUUUUUUUUUUAUUAUUAUUUUGAUUUUUAUCAGAUGUGAAGUAUGGUCGUGUGAAAUAUCAUUAUUGAAAAAUGCUUAUAACUUUUAAAAAUUAAAAUAAUGAAGAAAAUAAUGACGAGAUGACACAGAUUAUGUUCAUAUUUUUGAGUUAGAUAAUAGGUUAAUUUGCUCUAAUAUUAAAACUAACAGUACAAAAUUGUUCAGGCUGAACAAAAAUUUGUUACCUAUUUCACGGGGUUGUAUGACGGAGAUAGUACAUGUUGUACAUUCACAGUCCUACUUAUAUUAUUAUUUAAAUUAUUGUACCAAAUUAGAUCACAUAUUUAGACUAUAGUAAAUCACACAUCUAUGCAAAAUGACCAACUGAACCUUGUAAGUUGUUAUAUAAAUUAAUAUUAUUAUGUGUGUUAUACUGUUAUCAUUACGAAAUCAUAUUUUAAAUAUUCCACGGCAAUGAUAUUGUUUUCUGGCACAAAAAUACAUAUUUUAUUUUGUUUGUUAAACCUGUGGAGGUUUUUUUUUUUGGCAGUAUGUUAGCCUCUUAUUUCCACCACAUAAUUAUAAUAAUUUGGGUAUACAUUAUUAUUAUUUUAUUACAUUCUAUUAAUAAUUAUAGUUUAGGGUCAAUGUUGGCAUGCGUGUCAAGUGCAUUUUUGAUUUUCACAAUUAGAACAAUAAUGAUAUUUUUGCAGGACGCACACAAACGUAUUAUGUUGAUCAAUCAUCCGGAUAAAGGGGGUUCUCCAUACAUAGCAGCCAAGAUAAACGAAGCCAAAGAUUUGUUAGAUAAAAAAUGAACAUCCGGUCAACAAAUUCAAAGCUGCUAAAUUUAUAGUGAUAAUGUAAAUAUUAACAUGUACAAACUAUUAGAAUAAUGUUUAUUGUUUACAGUCAAUUCAACUUUCUUGUAUAUAUAUAUAUAUAUAUAUAUAUAUAUAUAUAUAAUAUAGAUCAAUACAAUAAUGACAAUGCCCUUGUGUAUUUCAGUUUUCAUUUUGUUACUUUUAUUAAUAUCAUUUUUUUUUAAAUAUUUUUGUACCAAACUGAAAACAUAUUAUAAAAUAUUACAAAGUAAUUUAAAAUAAAUAUGUUUGUACUUCAAUUAAAUAUUUAAUCAUAAAAAAAAAAAAUAUUUAGACAUUUCAAAUAAAAUUAUUAAAAAUAAGAUUAUUUUUUUAAGACUUUGCAGUGAUCUUUCAACAGUUUUUUCCUGAACAGUUCGUAAUCGUGUUGCAUUAACUCGCAAAUCGUCUGUCUUAACUUCUCGACUCGAGAUAAAAUUUUCUUUGGUUCACUUUUCUUCGUCUCCAUUAAACGGCGUAAUUGAUGUUCCGUCAGUCCCUCCACAGUGGUAGCACAGUCGACUAUGGCGUCAUAAUCUUUUCUGAUUUUUACUGAUUCUCUGUUAUAGUCAAACACAAGUUAUAUGAAUCAUAAUAAUAUACUAUCUAUUAAUUUUUUUACAUACAAUUUCAAAAAAUAUGUAUACAUUUUUAAAAAUAUACAUGAUAAAUAAUAAUCAAUUAUACCUACUUUUCGAUUUUUUUAUGAUGCAUGUAGCGCAACAGGCUGUUGCACAUCUUCCACAGUUCCAAAAUGUCCACAGAAUCCAAUUUACAUGUAUGCAAAUAGUCUUCAAACAUUUUUAAAGAUAUCUGAUUGGCCAACACGUAUUUGAGACCAUUCGUCCACCGGUCCAAGUCUUCUUUGGACACGGAACUACACGGAUCUCCACAAGGAACACAGGCCAUUAUAAGAUUAUGACACGGUUUAUAAUGAAUUUAACUGGAAAAAUAAAAACCCAAAACUAUUAAUAUAUU